AUGGUCCGUCGCUCUCUAGAAGACACCGCCACCUCCUCGCCCUCAAAGCGACCCCGCACCACUCCCACCACCCCCACCACCGCCGACCAUGUCGCCGCCUUCCGCCCCGGUCUCCUAUCCGAGUCCACCCGCACGACUCUUGCUGAGCAAUUCAAGACGUCCACGCCGUAUUUGCACUGCGCCAUCAAUGAGCUGUGUGAUGAGGAAUUGUUGAGGAGGGUUAGGAAGGAGAUUAUGGCGAGUUUGCAUUUUACGGUUAAGGAGACGGAUAUUUAUAAGGUCCACCAAACAGGCGAUCUCGCCAACCUCGACGGCCUCCCCGCCCACGAACUCCAACAGCUCUCCUCCCUCUUCCAACUCCGCAACGCCCUCUACUCGCCCACCUUCCGCCAAUUCAUCCGCGACGUCACGGGCUGCGGCCCUCUCUCGGGCACCAAAACAGACAUGAGCAUUAACAACUACCUCAAUGGCUGCCACCUCCUCAACCACGACGACGUCAUCGGCACACGCAGGGUGAGCUACAUCCUGUACCUACCCAGCCCCGACGAGGCCUGGCUGCCUAGUUACGGCGGCGCCCUGGAACUCUAUCCCGUGGUGACGAAGGGGACACCUGAUGUCGCGCCGACGGUGUCCAUCCCGCCGAAAUGGAACCAGUUUGUUAUGUUCACGGUGCAGCCGGGCCACUCGUUCCAUUCCGUGGAGGAGGUAGUGGUGGAUAAGUCGCGGUUGAGCAUCUCCGGGUGGUUCCAUGUGCCGCAGGAAGGCGAGGAAGGGUACAGCGAGAAUGCGGAGGAGGACGCAGCUGCUGCACCGUCGUUGGACCAAUUGCAGCAGGGGCUGUCGGAACCGUUUGUGGAGUUUGAGGGCGAGGUAGACCCCGACGCCAUGGAGGGGUUGAGCGAGGAGGAUAUCACGGAACUGGCGAAAUGGCUGAACCCGCGCUACCUCAACAUGAGCGUCCUCGCGCAGGUGUCGGAACGGUUCCUGGAGGAGUCGAGCAUCCAGCUCGCGGAAUUCCUAAACGACGAGCUGGCGGAACAAAUCAGAGUCGCGACAACUGCCGACGAUGCUGCGUGCGGGUUCGAUAAACCGGUGAUGCCGAAACAUGGCACGGGCGUUGCAGGGGAUUGGAAAGUCGAUGGCCCACCUCACAAACUGCGAUACCUCGCCCUUCGCCCUUCCCAACCCUCCUCAUCCACCACCACCACCACCCAAACCCAACCAACACCAACAACCGUCUUCCACACCCUAACAACCCACCUCUUCCCCACCCCCGCCUUCCGCCGCUGGCUCGCCCUCCUCACCCAACUCCCGCCCACCCACCACCGCGGCCUCGCCCGCCGCUUCCGCCCGGGGCUCGACUACACCCUCGCCUGGUCCUCCCCCACGCGUCUCCUCGAUGCCACCCUCUGCCUCACCCCCUCAAACCCCACCCUCUGGGAAUCGGAUGAAAUGGGCGGGUAUGAAGCUUACAUGGCCCCUGAUGACGGCGAUAUGGACGCGGCGGUGUACCGCACCGUGCAGGAUGAAGGCGCGCUGUUGACGGUCAGUGCGGGGUGGAAUGUGUUGACGAUUGUGGUGAGGGAUGAGGGGUUGAUGCGGUUUGUAAAGUAUGUGAGUGCCGCGGCGCCCGGCAGUCGGUGGGAUGUUAGUUGGGAGUAUCAGGUGCCGGUGGAUGAGAGUGACGAGGAGGAAGACAAGUGA